AUGGAAAACAAUACAUUGGAUUUUCUGGAAAGUAAUUCAACAUCUAAUGCUACAUCCAUUUAUUAUAUCAAUAAAGAUCUUAAAAUGACUCAGAAUAUAAUUGCGAUAGUUUCCCUAAUAAUUAUAAUGAUUGCCAUGGGUGCAGACAUCUCUCGGAAUCAGAUUUAUAAAGGAAUCCGAAAACCCGUUGGUCCAGCUAUUGGUCUCUUUUGCCAAUUUGUUAUAAUGCCAUUGAUUGGAUUUAUUUAUAAUGUUAUAUUUCAAUUCGAAUCGAGUCUAGCGGCUGGUUUGCUUAUUAUAUCGUGUUGCCCCGGAGGUGCUGUUUCUAACGUCUUUACAUAUUAUUUGGAUGGCGAUGUUUCGCUGAGUGUGACUAUGACUACAAUAUCUAUUGUAGCAUCCCUAGGCUUGAUGCCUUUGAACCUUUGGAUAUAUGCAAGUAAUACAGAAGCUAAGAACUUAAAAAUACCUUAUGAAAAUAUUGCAUUAUCACUAUUAAUGAUUGUUCCUCCCUUAUUUCUGGGUAUGAUAAUAAAAUGGAAAGCUCCUAAAGUAUCUUCUUAUAUAACUAAGUGGGAAAGUGCAACAAGUAUGAUAACGAUUAUAAUUUUCGUGAUAAUGGAGAUUAUUUCCUCUCAACACAUGUUUAGUAUAGUAUCGUGGAAAGUUAUUAUAACCUCUUUAUUAUCUCCCAUAACUGGAAUUAUAACUGGAUAUGUCAUAGCUUUCGUCAGUAGAAACUCCAAAGCAGCCUGCACUGCAAUAGCUAUUGAGAGCGGGAUUCAGAAUUUUUCUGUUGCAUUCGGCAUUAUAGUUUUAUCCUUUGAUACCUCGCUGAAAGAUCAGUUUUAUUCUCGUCUGAAGAUUCGACACAACCGAAAGUCGACAUAA